CAAAAACAAGUAACGUGUACUGUACCAACUGGAGGACGAGCGGAGUUGUUUUAAAAAAUACUACUAAUUUACUAUUAUUUAAAAAUGAGAAGAAUUACUGCUACAAAUGGACGGGUUUAGAUAGCAUCCAGGGCACUCUAUGUUGAUCCGACUCAGUAGGAGGUGAUGAAUCCCCCAGCUGAGAUGUCCCCUCCCACCGCUCCUGUCGCCACAGAGACACAGAGCAUGACCUCUGACCCGUCCCACCUCGGAACCCUGGGAAUUAAUGUCCGCCUGAAGGCAGCCCCACCUAACACCACAGGUUGUACCUGGCUGGUUGUCCUAGCAGCGAUAGCUGCAUCUCUCAGUGGCUUGAUGUUGGGUUAUGAAUUAGGCCUGACCUCCGGGGUCCUGCUCCAGCUAAGGGGUAUCCUCUCUCUGUCAUGCCGGGAACAGGAGCUCCUGGUGGGGUCUCUGCUGCUGGGCUGUCUGGUGAUCUCCAUUGCUGGAGGCUGGGGCCUGGACCGCUACGGACGCCGCUGGUCCAUGCUUCUGUCCGGAGGCCUGGUGGCUGGGGGCACCUUGCUACUACUGCUCCCGGCCUCGCUCACCACGCUGUCGCUCGGCCGCGCCGUGGUCGGCAUGGGGACAGCGUUGUCGGGUACGGCGGCGUGCAUGUACAUAGCGGAGAUUGCGCCACGGGAGCGCCGCGGGUUGUUAGUGACGCUGUACGAGCUGAUGGUGGUUGUCGGGGUAUUGCUAGGUUUCGGGUGUAGCUACGCAUUCUCUGCGCUGCCUAAUGGGUGGAGAUACACCUUCGGACUUGUCCUCCCGCCAGCCGUUCUACAGGCCGCUGCCCUCGUCCUCCUCCCACCCAGCCCGCGCUUCCUAGUCGCCAGGGGCGACUCGGAGCGGGCCAAGGAGGUGCUGGUCCGUCUGAGGGGCGUGGCCAGCAGGGAGACCGUGGAGGAGGAGCUACGGGGCAUCCAGGCGGGGCUUAAGGAGGAAGCGGAGCAUGGUUUCCGAGAGCUGUUCAGCGACAAGGCUAACCUGCGCCGGCGGUUGCUAACGGGCGUGGCUCUAGUGUUCCUGCAGCAGACUACGGGUCAGCCCAACCUCCUCUCUUACGCCUCGCCGCUACUACGCAGCGUGGGUUUCCAUAGCGACGCCGCCGCCAACCUGGCCUCUACGGGCUUCGGCGUAGUGAAAGUGGUGGGGACGGUUCCUGCCGUCCUAUUGGUCGACAGGGUCGGGCCCAAGAGCUUCCUGUGUGUCGGUGCGGUCGCCAUGGGGAUGUCGCUGGUGACACUGGGGGCGGUGACCUUGCAGAGCCACACCCAUCUCACCAGCCUAUGCCAGAGCCCUGUGGGGCUGAACCACACCUACCAGGGGCAGGACUUAAACACUCCUUCCUUCGGAUUGAACUAUAGCUCUUUUAAAUUAAUCACGCCCCCUCCUGGUGAGAGCCAAUGGAAUGGCAGUGACUCUGCGGAGGCUGCGAAGAGAGAGGAUGCUGGGAUGGGGUCAGGGGUUAGCGGUCGGGGUCACGUGAAGUGGAUCUCACUUGUCAGCCUCCUGGUGUAUGUAGCUGCUUUCUCCUUCAGCCUCGGACCAAGUAAGAACACACACACA